AAGUAUUUGCCGGAGUAGCUGAAGUAGCAUGGCGGCCCCCGGUCCGAAAAAAAGACAGCAAAGGCAGCGCGGCGCUUCCGCUUCGGCCGCGGCGGGACCCUUUUUUACUUCCCAGGUCCCUGCUGGCGAAGAAAGAGCUUGGCAGAAAGCUGGCUCCAAGUUGAAUGAAGAGAUCUCUAGUGAUUCUGAACCAGAUGUUCCAGCAAAUAAAAAUGAAGCAGAAGAAGAAAUUGAGGAGACACCACAAGAGAAGAAACUGAGAUUAGCGAAACUAUAUUUGGAGCAGCUUCGCCAACAAGAAGAAGAAAAGGCUGAACAAGAGGCUUUUGAGAAAGAUCUGGUUGCUGGCCGAUUAAAGGAAGAUGUGCUUGAACAGAAAGGAAAAUUGCAGCGACAAAUUGCCAGCAGUUUGCUGCCUCCAGACAUAUCUGACAUCAAGAUACUACGAGGUCACCAGUUGCCCAUCACCUGCCUAGUCAUUUCACCAGAUGACAAAUAUAUUUUCUCUGCAUCCAAAGACUGUUCGAUCAUCAAAUGGGAUGUUGAGAGUGGAAAGAAGCUCCAUGUGAUACGUGGAGGAAAAAAGGGGGCAGAGGGCAGCCAUGUUGGACAUACCGCACAUAUCAUUUCAAUGGCUGUCUCGUCGGAUGGCAAAUUCCUGGCCACAGGUGACAGGAACAAACUCAUCAUGAUCUGGGAAGCUGCAACCUGCAAACACCUCUAUAAGUUCACAGGCCAUCGUGAUACUGUAUCGGGCCUUUCUUUCCGCAAGGGCACUCACCAUCUGUACAGUGCCUCCCAUGACCGCUCAGUCAAAGUGUGGAACGUGGCAGAGAAUGCAUAUGUUGAAACCUUGUUUGGUCAUCAGGAUGUGAUCACGGGCCUGGAUAGUUUGAGCCGGGAGUGCUGUGUCACAUCAGGAGGGAGAGAUGGCACUGUCAGAAUCUGGAAAAUCCCUGAGGAAGCCCAACUUGUAUUUUAUGGACAUCAGGGUUCAAUUGACUGCAUCCAGCUCAUCAAUGAAGAGCACAUGGUGUCUGGUGCAGAUGAUGGGUCAGUUGCCCUCUGGGGUCUCUCCAAAAAGAAACCGCUAGCAGUAGUGAAGCAAGCCCACGGUUUUCAUGGCACACGGGGCCUGGAACAGCCAUUUUGGAUAUCUUCGGUUGCUGCUUUACUGAACAGUGACCUCGUAGCAACAGGUUCCCACAGUGCCAGUGUGAAGUUGUGGAAGUGUGGAGAAGGAUUUCGGAAGUUGGAGCGCCUCUUUGAGAUUCCCUUGAUUGGUUUUGUUAAUGGCUUGAAAUUUGCCAAUUCUGGAAACUUCCUAGUUGCUGGAGUCGGGCAGGAACACAGGUUGGGUCGUUGGUGGAGGAUUAAAGAGGCCAAGAAUAGUAUCUGCAUUAUCCCACUCAAGAAGACCACAGCAGGCAAUUCACAGAAAUCGUCUGAAGGCUCCUAAUGCUUUCUUUCUGCAAAUCAUGCUCACAUUUCAUGUAUUAUCCUAUACAUUAAAGCUAUCUUUUGUGUUUCUCACAGAA